AUCCACACAGAACACGAUCAACAUGCCGUCCACCGCACGAGAACCGUCGACGAAGAAAGCUUCAUCGUCAAAGACGUCCGAAGACGCGAAAACACACAAGCUCUCGCUCAAAGGCAGCUCGAAACUGGUUACCGAGUUCUUCGAAUAUGCCACGAACACAAUUUUGUUCCAGCGGGGCGUCUACCCUCCUGAGGACUUCACAGCCGUCAAGAAAUACGGCCUCAAUAUGAUGGUCACGCUAGACGAUCAAGUCAAAGCAUACAUCAAGAAAAUCAUGUCCCAACUCAGCAAAUGGGUCCAAAAAUCCAAGAUCUCCAAACUUGUCAUCGUGGUCACAUCCAAGGAAACCGGCGAACACGUCGAGAGAUGGCAGUUCGAUGUCAAUAUUUUCAACGACGACAGCAAGAGUAACUCUCGAUCUUCAGCACGCGAUAAAGAGAACUCGGCGCCUGCUGUGGAUAGCAAAGCUGCUCGACCCGAGAAGACUGAGGCCGAGAUUCAGUCCGAGAUUCAAGCUUUGUUCAGACAGAUUACCGCAUCUGUGUCUUUCUUACCGAUGCUGGACGGAAACUGCACUUUUAACGUCCUAGUCUAUGCAGAUGCGGACAGUGAGGUGCCGCUAGAAUGGGGUGAUUCGGACGCGAAGGAGGUGAAGAAUGCGGAGAAAGUGAUGCUGAGAAGUUUCUCGACACAGAACCAUCGAGUUGAUACUGUGGUGUCUUACAGGCUUGCCGACUGACUCUAGCAUGACUCUUUGACAUAAGUUAUGAAAGUAACGUCGAAGACAUCGGCGGAGUUCUUGACGAUGCCAAACUUAUGAUGGCGAUGUCCUGAUUGGGAAUUUGGAGUUUAAAUGUGACCAUGCCGUUCAUGAGUUUCCGGGCGUUCGGUGUCCUGCCAUUGAACUAGCACCUCAUCUCUAGACUCUCAGCAUGCAGCCAAAUGUUGGAAGGUCUUCUUUGGCGAUAGCAAGUCGGCGGCUCUGUACGAAUUUCUGUGAAUGUAGCAGACAAGAUGACGAAACAACGUGAGGGAUGAGUAAUCUGCUAAGUAGUGACUGUGCUUUACGAGCUGAUCGGAUCGCUAAGUGCUUCGUCUGGCUAUGCAAUACUAGGGUAAAGUAGAUUUCCAAACGACCACGAGGGCAUGCAAUCCGCUGGUUCGCAAACGUAUGGGGCGAUGUCUGGUGGCGAGACACUCUAGAAGCAUUCCAAAAGCUUGGAGGCUGUGUAUGCGGUGAUGUGAUAGCA